GUGGGGUGCGGCGGGAGGGAGAUGCCGAAGCUGCGCGGAGAGGCGUUCUGGAGGGAGACGCUGCGCGGCGCCCACUACGUGGUGGCUCCUAUGGUGGACCAAAGCGAGCUGGCCUGGAGGCUGCUGAGCCGCCGGCACGGCGCCCAGCUCUGCUACACGCCGAUGCUGCACGCCCAGGUCUUCCUGAGGGACGCCAACUACCGCCGCGAGAACCUGUACGGCGAGGCCUGUGCCGAGGACCGCCCGCUCAUCGUGCAGGUGGGGAGCGAGCGUUCGUGGGGACCGACAGCGGGACGGCCGCGGGAACGGCUUCAGACGGAGAGAGGGGAGAUGCGGUUCUGUGCCAAUGAUCCUGAGGUGUUUGUCCAAGCGGCGCUGUUGGCUCAGGAUUAUUGUGAUGCCAUAGACCUGAAUUUGGGUUGCCCCCAGAUGAUUGCAAAGAGAGGUCACUAUGGAGCAUUUCUACAAGAGGAAUGGGAUCUUCUGCAGAGAAUGAUUCUGCUGGCCAACGAGAAGCUCUCUGUUCCCAUCACGUGCAAAAUCCGUGUUUUCCCCGAGAUUGACAAGACAGUGAAAUACGCACAGAUGCUGGAGAAGGCCGGCUGCCAGCUGCUGACAGUCCAUGGCCGUACGAAAGAGCAGAAGGGACCCCUUGCUGGCGUGGCAUCCUGGGAGCACAUUCAAGCUGUCAGAAAAGCUGUGAGCAUUCCUGUGUUUGCAAAUGGAAACAUCCAGUGUCUCAGUGAUGUGGAAGAAUGUAUCCGUAAGACAGGAGUGCACGGGGUCAUGAGUGCAGAAGGGAAUCUUCACAACCCAGCUUUAUUUGAGGGACGAAACCCACUGGUGUGGGAGAUGGCUGAGGAGUAUCUGGAGAUAGUGCAGAAGUACCCCUGUCCGUUGUCUUAUGUCAGGGCUCAUCUCUUCAAGCUCUGGCAUCACACGCUUCAAGUUUACCAGCAGCUGCGUGAAGAAUUAGCAAAAGUGAAGACUCUAGAGGGAAUCGUGGAUGUCAACAGGGAACUGAAACUGCGCUGCCAGGAGGAAAUAGCAAAUCAGAAGGAAGGAGAGAAGCCAAAAGAGGGGUUGCCUUUUUUCCACUGGAUCUGCCAGCCAUACAUCAGGCCAGGGCCGAAGGAGAGAUGCAAGGAGAAUGGAACCAAGGGGAUUGAAAAAGGUGUGCGGGGGAAACGUUGUCUGGAAGAGGAAGAAGAUGGAAAUUCUGAGCUUCUGUCAAAGAAUAAGCAAAAAAAGAAGUUAAGAAAUCCAAAUAAAAGCUUUGACCCAUCUUUAAAACCUAAAUAUGCAAAGUGUGAUCAAUGUGGAAACCCCAAGGGCAAUAAAUGUGUGUUUAACAUGUGCCGAGGCUGCUGCAAGAAAAGAGCGUUCAAAGAGACAGCAGACUGUCCAGGUCAUGGAUUACUGUUUAAGACCAAAUAUGAAAAAUCCCUUCUGUGGCAGAGCAGUCAAAGAAGAAGCCCAGAGCUCAGUCAGAAAGGAGAUGUGGACGGGGAGGAGACUGCUGUACUGAAGGAGGCCGAUGGCAGCGCAGCAUGAAGCUCUGGAAGUGAAUCAGGAGCUUCUGCCAGGCCUUUGCUUCCCUGGGCCAAAGAACCUGCCAUCUCCAGAGCAGCAUUGGCUGUGGGAACCUGUUCCACAGGUUGAUUUUAAGUCCUGGCCAAGUGUUAUUUAAGUAAAAAACUGCUUACUCAGGGAAUUCUCCUGCAUUUGAAAUAAAAAGAAUGCAACUGA